CUUGGGCGAGCGACCGGAGGCCAGCAAGUCCUGCAUCCUGGUGGACGACGCGGCGAAUGUGCAGAACAUGGCCGCGGAAAGAGUCAGCCUCACAGUUAAAGGUCCCAGCGUGCCAUCUCCGGUGGGUGCGCCGUCGUCGUCGUCGUCUUCGGCGUCCCGGUCCUCUCUGCCGUCGUCGGCGGUCAAGCCGCCGUGCCGUCCCGUGCUGCCGGGCGAGGUGGACGCGUACGCUGAGGCCAAGCUGGGCGUUCGGCUGACCAGGCACCUGGACGCCCACGACGCCUGGAACCUCUGGUUCAACCAGCCGGACUCGGCCUUCGUGCGCUUCAACAUCACGGCCCCACAGGGUGCCCGCCUAGCCCUGCUGGCCAGGAAGAACGAGCCGCCCUCGCUCACCGCCAGGGACCUCGUCGAGAUCGUGGCCAUGGAGCACAGAAGGCCCUACAAGCGGUCUGCCAUUCUGGAGGAGGCUGAAUUCAUCCAUUUCCUGGAGCCCGGAACAUGGUACCUGUCUCUGAUCAACGACGACUCCCUGCCCACCUCCGUCGCCUUCCAUCCUGCCAUCGCAAGAGACGUGCCAACAUCUUGUCCCAACAACUGCCAUGGCCACGGUAACUGCCACCUCGGGAAGUGCCACUGCUUCCCCGGCUACAUUGGCUUGGACUGCGCCGAUAGCGUGUGCCCCGUGCUGUGCAGCGGACACGGCCGCUUCGUGCAAGGCUCGUGCCGCUGCGAGGCCGGCUGGAAGGGCGCCGAGUGCGGCGUCCGGGACGACGACUGCGAGGCGGCCGACUGCAGCGGCCACGGGGCCUGCGUCCAGGGCCACUGCGCCUGCCAGCCGGGAUACGCCGGAGAACAGUGCGACAGGGUGGACUGCCUGGACCCGGAGUGCGGGUCCCACGGCGCGUGCGUGGACGGCCACUGCCUGUGCAAGAUCGGCUGGCGGGGAGCCAACUGCAGCCAGCCGGACGAGCGGUUGAGCCGCUGCUUUCCAGACUGCUCCUCCCACGGGGUCUUCGACCUGGACCAAGAAGCCUGCGUCUGCUUCGACCACUGGACCGGCGAGGACUGCGCGAGGGCCAAGUGCAGUCUGGACUGCGGGCCGUUCGGUCGGUGCGAGGAAGGGCGUUGCCGCUGCGAGCACGGCUGGACGGGGCCCCGGUGCGACCUGAGGGAGUGUGACCCGCGCUGCCUCAGACACGGCCAGUGCAACAACGGCACCUGCGUCUGCAUCCAGGGUUGGAUGGGCCUGCACUGCACCCUGGACGGCUGUCCCGAAGGCUGCAACAACCACGGUCAGUGCGUGCGGGACGGCGAGGCGUGGCGGUGCAACUGCCUGCCGGGCUGGGCGGGGCCAGACUGCAGCGUGGCUCAGGAGACCAAGUGCACCGACAAGAUUGACAAUGACGAAGACGGGCUGGGCGACUGCGCCGACAGCGAGUGCUGCUACCGGCCCGAGUGCAUGGAGAGCCUGCUGUGCCUGUCGUCGCCGGAGCCCCAGGAUAUCCUUCUGCGGAAGCAGCCUCCCGCGGUGACAGCCUCUUUCUACCAGAAGAUGAAGUUCCUCAUCGAGGAGGACAGCGUCCAGAGCUACUCGCACAGGGACGAGUACUCGGAAAGCCAAUUCUGGAGUGCCUUCGUGAAGAGCCGCGUGUCAGUGAUUCGUGGGAGAGUCACGAGCAAAGAAGGCAACGGCAUCAUCGGCAUUCGGGUCAGCGUUGCGACGGACCCGCAAUUUGGAUUCACCCUGACCAGAAACGACGGAUGGUUUGACAUUCUGGUGAAUGGCGGCGGCGCAGUGACGUUGCAGUUUCAGCGCAACCCGUUUCACCCGAUCAAGCGAACCAUCAUGGUUCCCUGGAACGACAUCGUAGUCAUGGGCCAGGUGGUCAUGUCCGUGCUCAGCGAGGAGAAUCCUCAGGCCGGGGAGCUGUUCCAAGAGCAGAGCUCUUGCGACGCCCACAGCUACGACAAGAUGAAGCCCAUCGUGUACCAGACCUGGAGGCCCGGAUCCCAGGGGGGCUGCACGGACUCCAGCGCCAUCUUGGCCGAAACCCAGGUUAUUCAGGAGACGCUAGAGAUCCCUGGGUCAGAGCUGCGCCUGGUCUACCACAGCGGCCACGCUCAGGGCUACCUGUCCACCAUCCACCUGCAACUGACACCGUCUGCGGUGCCCGAAGACCUGCGCCUCGUGCACCUCCGCAUUGUCGUCGAGGGCAUCCUCUUCGAGAAGAUUUUCGAAGCUGAUCCGGACAUUAAGUACACUUUCGCCUGGAACAAGCGCAAUAUCUACAAACAGAAGGUCUACGGGCUCACCACUGUCAUUGUAUUGGUCGGCUACGAGUACACGUCUUGUCAGCGGACAAUAUGGACAACGCAGUCGACGACUCUACGAGGGUACGACAUGGACAUUUCGGAGCUCGGAGGAUGGAACCUGGACAUCCACCACCGUUACAAUUUCCAAGAAGGGGUCGUGCAGAAGGGAGACGGUUCCACGGUGUACUUCAAGCACCAGCCCCGCGUGAUCUCGGUGUUGAUGGGCACCGGACAGCAGCGGCCCCUGCUGUGCCCCGAGUGCAACGGUCUCGCCAGGGAGAACAAGCUCCUGGCCCCGGUGGCCCUGGCCAGCGGACCCGACGGCAGCGUCUACGUCGGCGACCUCAACCUCAUACGGAGGAUAACGCCAACCGGCCAAGUCUACACGGUCUUCAGGAUGCGAGGUCCUGGCGACGUGUCGUACCAGUACCACCUGACGCUGAGCCCAACGGACGGUCAUCUGUACCUGUCCGACCCGGAGCGGCACCAGAUCGUGCGCGUCCACUCGCUGGACAAGGUGGAAGACCCGGACUCCAACUUCGACGUGGUCGUCGGCAGCGGGGAGCGCUGCAUUCCCAGAGACCGGGACAACUGCGGUGACGGCAGACCCGCCCUUGAGGCCAAGCUCUCCUAUCCCAAGGGCAUGGCGGUGGCAGUGGACAACAGUCUGUACUUCGGGGACGGCAACAACGUGCGGAUGGUCGACAGCCGCGGGAUCAUCCACACGCUGAUCGGAGACCAUCAGCACAAGCGCCAGUGGAGGCCCAUCCCAUGCUCGGGGACCCUGCACAUGAACGAGGCAAAGCUCCGCUGGCCGACCGAGCUGGCCAUCAACCCGCUGGACAACUCGCUCUACUUCAUCGACGACCACAUGAUCCUCCGCCUGACCAAAGACCAGCGCCUGCUGGUGGUGGCUGGCCAGCCCGUCUACUGCAAGAGCGAAGACGGUGCCACCCAGAAGAGCCGGAUGGGCGACGAUUCCGACCUGGGCACCCUGAUCAGCUUCGCCUUCGGGCCGACGGGGAUGCUGUACGUGGCCGAAGUGGACCAGAGGGACUCGUACAAGGUGCGCGCCCUGGGCCCGGACGGAGAGCUGGUCCACUUCGCCGGCAGGGACGAAGGCAAGUGCCCCGAGGGCAGCCCCUGCGAGAACUGCACCUCGUGUGGCUCCAAGAGCUCCCUGGCCGUGGACACCAGGCUGCAGGCCGUAUCCUCGCUCACGGUGACCAGCGAUGGCGUCGUGCACAUUGCGGACCUGGGGAGCCUCCGGAUCCUGUCGGCCGUGCCGUACCUGCCGGAGCCUGACGACCAACAGGAGUACCAGGUUGCGCAGCCCGAGAGCCACGAACUGUACGUCUUCAACAAGUACGGCCAGCACAUCGUGACUAGAAGCAUACUGACGGGGAAGACCAAGUACACCUUCCUUUACAACGUCAACACCAGUUUUGGCAAGUUGAGCGCCGUCACUGACACGUCUGGGAAUAAGGUGGCCUUCCUGCGAGACUCCGGCAACAGCCUGCACACCAUCGAGACGGCCAGGGGCCAGAAGUGCAGAGUCCACGUAACGAAGGAAAAGCUACUGGAGUCGUUCGUAGACCCGGACAACCUGCAGACGCACUUCCACUACGACUCGGCGGGCCUGCUGGUGACGCGCUACGACGCGACCGGCAAGACCUUCCACUACAUCUACGACGAGAACGGGCGCCUCACCGACGUCAUCAACCCCAGCGGCAGGCUCACCAGCCUGUCGUUCGACCUGAGCGACAAGGGGGCGUCGGUGUCGGCCGUCCAAGAAGGGGCGCGCAGCGUUGUCACCGUCAAGGGUCUCACUGUCAUCACCUCGCGAGGCGGUGUGUCCAUCGAGACCAUCUUGCACCAGGACGGCGCGGUGGAGGUGAGCACGCCCUGGAAGGCGGGAGCCGUCUGGGAGGCGGACACGCACCGAGUGCUGCGCGAGCUGCUCCCGGUCCAGGCCGGCAUGUUCCCGGUGCCCGUGAGGCAGACCCUGUACUGGGACUUGGAGUCAGCCAACACGCUCCAGUGGCGCUACGACCUCAAAUACUCGCGUCGGGACGGGCACCGCUCCAUCUCCGCCGUCGAGAGGGUGCUACUGGUGAACGGCACCCAGUACCUGACGACCGAGUACGACUGGGUGGCUGCCAGGGAGAUCCUCUACAACAGCUCUAGGCGCCCGUUCCUGGUGGUGCAGUACGACAGCUUCGCCCGGCCCGUUCAGUGGCUGCCCACCGAGACCCGGAUGCCCCUGAACGUCAUGUACGACCGCCUCGGCCGCUUCUCCGGCUGGCAGCAGGGCCAGCUCUCGGAGACCUUCGUGUACGACCGAUUGGGACACCUCUCCGAAGUCAAGUUGGCCGACAACGCUGCCAUCAAGUAUGCCUACGACUCCAUCAGCAAGCCCUUUAAGGUCAUCCUCCCGAGUGGACGAACCUUCACCUUCCACUACGACGAAAACGGCGGGCUGCUCCACGUCACGACGCCCAAGGAGACCCGGCAUUCUUUCCUUGUGCUGGUAUCCAUCGGUUUCUACAAGGUCUACUAUACGCCUCCGGGUAACUCCGGACCCUGCAUAAUCCACUUCAACGACCGAAGUCUGCCGAUCCUCAAGAUAUUUCCCGGAGACAAAGGCCGCGUCCUGUACCGCUACAACGAGCAGUCUCUGCUCACCCUGGUCGUGUUCGGGGGCGGCAAGGUGGAAACCAACCACACGGCCACCGGCCUGGUCAGGUCCGAAGCCUGGAGCGAGGAAGACGUUGAGGUGCGCCACGAGUACUACUACGACGGCGCCUUGCUCACUCAGUGCGUCGCGCGAUUCUACAGCAAAUUCCAGUUGACAACGGCCAACUUUCACUACCGCUACAACAAAUGGUUUCGGGUCAAGUCCCUGAGCGUCCGCAUCGGAACGCUGCAGUUUCCGGAGAUGGAGUACGCGUACUCCCCCAAGACGGGACGCCGCGAAGUGGUGGGCAAUUUCAGGUUCUUUGACGUGAGCCCCAACGAGACGGCGGUGUCGGACGGGACGGCGACCUUCGUGCAGCAAACCGACCCGCAGCACAGAGUUCACCAGCGCUCGCUGCUAAUCGGCGACAAGGAAAUGUAUCGCAUGGACGUCCAGUACGGAAACCGAGACGGCGUCAUUCAGACCAAAACACUGAUGCGCUUGACCGGCGGUGUUCAGCUCCGGACGCAGAACUUCUCUUACGACGAAGACGGGCAGCUGACCGAGAUGAUGGGCAAGGAUCACUGGAAGUUUAGCUACGACGCGAACGGGAACAUCGUGACGAUGCAGUACAUGGGAAACAAGAUCGAGAUUCUGCACGACGUGGGGGACCGCAUUCUUCGAUUCGGAGAAACGCCUUUCGUGGUGGACGGACGAGGGUUCGUCGUGCAGAGGGGUGAGGAGCGCUUCCUCUACAACACUAAGGGGCAGCUGACGAAGGCCUACAGGACGCGACGAGGCAAGUACGAAGUGCGCUAUUUCUACGACGCCCGGAGCAGGCUCGCCAUGCGAAAAGACCACUUCGGCAACAUGACGCAGUUCUUCUACGCCGAUCCGGCCAAUCCGCGCCUCGUGACGCACGUCUACAACAACGCCGACGGGAGGAGCAUGAGUCUGGUGUACGACACGAACGACUUCCUCAUCCACGUGCUCGUCAACAAAGACAGUUACUACGUGGCCACGGACCACAACGGAAGCCCUACCCUAGUGUUCGACAAGUACGGCGAGGUUGUCAAGGAAGUGUACCGCGGCCCGUACGGGCACAUCAUCUACGACUCGACGCCGCUCUUCUACGUGCCGGUCGACUUCCAGGGAGGCAUCUUCGACCCGCUCACGGGGCUGAUCCACUUCGGAGAACGGAUAUACGACUCCCUGAUGGGCAAGUGGAUGACGCCGCAGUGGGAGGAGGUGCUGCAGCAGGCUUCCAACGUGCGGAAACUUCACCUGUACCAGUUCAACCAGAACGAUCCCGUAAACCUGAAGAGGGACCGUCGCAGUAAGAUGGAUCUCAACGACUGGAUCCAAAAGCAAGGGAUCGACAUCAGCAGCCUGGGCUUGGGGCGGCCUCCGAUCCUGAGGGGUGCCCCGGCACUCCUGUUCCCUGGUAGCCGGACGUAUAACCUGCCGCUGCCCUCCGUCCCGCUGGUGUCUGGCUACGGGUGCGCCGUGCGGAGAAGGCUCGAGAGUUUCGCCCAGCUCUCGAGCGUCGAAAAAUCCAAGGUGAAGCGGGAACAAUCGGCGGACAACGCGGUGCCCAACUUGAGCACCCUGAACGUCCCUUUUGGCCGCGGCAUCACGGUCUCAAGGAUGUCUGGACGCGCCGUGAUACGCACGGUCGACAAGGCGGACCCGAUCCAGAGGGAUGUCUACACGUCCGUGUUCAACAACUCGCUGCUGCUGGACCUUCACCUGGUGAUGCACGGCCAGGACGUGUUCUACUUCGUCAAGGACAGCACGUGGAGGUUCCACGAGGACAUCACGCAGCUGCAACGAUUGGGCACGGCCAUCAACACGACCGUGCACCAGAGCAAGACGGACGAGGGAGCCCAGGUGUCGGACGUGAGGAUCCACACGGCGCACGCCAUCCUCAACAUCCGCUACGGCACGGUGCCACACCGCGAGCGCCUGCGGCUGUUGUGGCACGCCAAGAAACACGCGGUGAGCCAGCGCUGGGCGCAGGAGCGGCAAGUCCUGCUCACCGACCAGCACGGCGGUGCCCUCGGCUGGACCGACAAGGACAAGGAGCACAUCCUGCGCACAGGCUCGGUGCCAGGAUACCGCGGGGACUACUACCACGACGUCGACUCCUUCCCCGAACUGGCGGACGACCCGUCGAACAUUGUGUUUCGGAAAGUUACGAGGAAGAGGUGAUCUACUGCAGAGUGAGCACAGUAUGCUCCACAGCCCGUGGUACCGUUAAUACGAGUGGUCGUGGUACGUCGUCGUGUGACCUUGGCGUGGAGUCUGGUGAAGUGUGGUUGUGACACUACGAGACGUUCAUGGGCGAGACCAUGUGUUGUUACCCCAUUCUAACUCGGAAUGACUCACAUAGACACAUUAGUGUCAGACGUGGGCGGAUUGUUCGAUACACUUCCGCGCUCUUACAACGAUGAUUCGAGUCCUGGUCUCUUAUUUCGUGGGACUACGAGUUUCGCAGCUGCGUGCCAGCAAGCCUCUUCAAACGUGCGAAACUGGGUCGGUGUUCUCUCCAUUCAUGCCGACACUCGGGCUAGAGCUUACAGUUGUCCAGUCCACCUAUCUAUAAAUUUGUAUGCAGCUGCAGUGAAUCAGGUGCCGGAGUUGGGCUACUCGUGAUACUGUGCCUGGUCUAAUAUGAAGCCAUCAGUUUGUUUACAGUUGCAAUCAUCAGUGGCGUCGUGACAAUUGUUUGCAUAUAAAUAUAUAUAAAUAUACAUAUACAUAAUGCUAAAAAGAUGUUUUUAGAAGAGUUGCGUAGUGAUUUAUCACGUUUGAUCAGUCGACGUUUAGUCAUCAGCAGGCCUCCCUGACCCAUGUCGAAACGUAGAGUCACGUUCAAGCCUGAGUCGACUGACCGAAUGCAAUAAAGCUCUACGCAACCCUUCAAAGCGCGUCUUUUCUCCUUUAUACUUUUCGUCAUCCUGCGAUUUCUUUCUCUUUUUAAUUGUAAAUAUAUAUAUUUAUAUAUAUAUAUAUAAGCAUCUCGCUGAUGUGAAACUUGGGAAACCACAAAGUUUUCUUAAUCCCGAGGUGCAAACAUACAAACCGUGGGCAGCAUGUGCGCCGUUUCCUCCUUACUUCAUCACGCAGUCAAAGUUGCUGGCGCGAGCCUGGGUCUUUAGCUAAGAUAUGAUUUUCACGCGGUGUAUAAAUGACACAUAAAGCCACGCGCUUGCGGGAGUAGCUUUAACGGCGCUGUACACGGUAUGAAAUGGGGUAUAAAUAAUAGAAUAUUGAGCGUCUCAUCACAGAUCUUGGGAAGAGAAAACAGCGGAGCAGAACCGCAUUUCCAAAUACCUCGAAUUUCUUAGUAGUACUUUAAACCGUCUUAACGCCCUCACAAAAGCUUUAUUUGGAGAGGUCGCAUUACUUCCGACGGGAUGAAGGCUAUUAUACAUGGCAGAACACGCAACACCUCAUUAGACGCCAACUAUUUUCACUAAUUUCAAAACCUUUCACGAUUUCUUAAAAACUAAACGAAAUAAUUGUAAGAUCACGUCAGUUACAAGAGUCUGGAUGAUUUUCUUCGUUGAAUUUGUCUAUGAUCUAUUCU